UUUUGAGACGAAUCAGGAAGUAAAACUCGUGUCAACCCAUAUAAGCACAGUCCAGGUAUUUUCCCGGCAUACACCGGUGCUAGUGCUUCACUGGAGGUAACAGUUUAGUGUGUGACAGUUCCAGACAUUGCCGGAGCCAUACCUGACAGGACUGGUUGAUGAUUGUGUACAAGCCUAAAAAAGAUGGCUGCUAUCUCAGUCCUGAUUGGUUGACGAUUGUGUACAAGCCUAAAGAAAGAUGGCUGCUAUCUCUGCUCUAAUUGGUUGACGAUUGUGUACAAGCCUAAAGAAAGAUGGCUGCUAUCUCUGCUCUAAUUGGUUGAUGAUUGUGUACAAGCCUACAGAAAGAUGGCUGCUAUCUCUGCACUAAUUGGUUGAUGAUUGUGUACAAGCCUAAAGAAAGACGGCUGCUAUCUCUGCACUAAUUGGUUGAUGAUUGUGUACAAGCCUACAGAAAGAUGGCUGCUAUCUCUGCACUAAUUGGUUGAUGAUUGUGUAAAACCCUACAGAAAGAUGGCUGAUGUUUCCAUUUAGAUUGGAUUAAAGAUAAGGACAUUUUCAACCAAAUAGACUUAGCGUACUCGUGUUAAAGAUUUUGUUGAAGUAGCUUCCUGAUUCUUGCAAUAAAUCUGUUUGAUAUCUCAUCCAGCUGACGUUCUAAUGUUGUAUGACUUGUCUAUUCCACAGAGCAACUGAUAUCAUAUCUAUAGCGUUACAAAUAUUUGAAAUACGUAACGAAGAUAUUUUCUCUAACAUGUAUCCAUGCGUUCGCGCCCCAGUCCCUGUUAGGCCAUAUUAUUUAUACGUAUAUACUUGCAUAUAUAUAUAUAUAUAUAUAUAUAUAUAUAUAUAUAUAUAUAUAUAUAUAUAUAUAUAUAUAUGUAUGUUAUGCUCACGUGUUUGUUAUUUCCCUGACUCAGUUCCCAUCGAAGUGAAGACGUUUACUGUGAACGGAUCCAAGUCUAUCAAAGCGAACUAUGGCGACAGUGUUGUAUUACAUUGUGAGGUGACCGGAAGUGGCGGGACUUAUGCUGUUCUAAGUGGGCCCGAGUUGAGCAACUUCAAGACCCACACACAGAACACGGCCGUCAUUGAUCAAACACUUGCCAAUCUUACCUGUCAGGAUGCUGGGAGAUAUUUCUGCUGGGGUCGAAAUGGAGGAGGCGAAACGAGUCCAAAGGAUUUUGUUGACGUCAAUAUUACAUGUCUUGUAGAACCGCCCCCAGUGUACCAAGGCAAACCUUACCAGCCCCCGAAACAGAUCAAAAUUGAGAGUGAGAAAAACACGACCUUUGAUUUUGUUGUGUACGGCUAUCCUGAACCAACGUCGUACGAUUUGAGAAUACAAACAAAAGAUAACUCGUAUAGCAAUGUUACCAGCAGCCACUACAAGGUACAAUACAUCCAUCAAGAGCCUCCGUUUGGUCUGGUCACGCUGACCAUCUAUGAUGAAAACACCAAGGAGACCAUCACGUACGUCCUGGGCAUCAACAGUGUGAAGGGGAGGGUCGAGGUCACUGUGGAGGUCGUUAAGUUUACCAAUAAACCUACUGAUGACACAAAGAUCAAGAUGGCUAUCGGUAUAGGUGUGGGAGUUGGCGGUUUUCUCAUCGUCGUCGUGGUGAUCGUUGUCGUCUGCACGGUCAAGUAUCGAAGGUCAAGGACCCCCGCCGGGUCACGUGGUAUGCCCAUGGAUCAACUGUACGACAAACCCAGUACCGUGUAUAAUGACAGACACUACGCUCUGGCUUAUGAAAACAAAAUUGCAAGUGAUUAUGACCUGCCACAUAACUGAAGCACAAGAAGUCCACCACACGCGUAGGACAUUUGUAAGGACUUGGUGUUGUGUUACAAUGUAGGACAUUGUAAGGACUUGGUUGGUGUCGUGUUCUUUAAUUCUAGGACAUGUAUAUUGAUGACAUGUAUAGUGACUGAUAUUUACAAAGCGAGUAUUAAAAUGAACAAACUUGGUAAAAUUGUAACCUGAUUGUAGUUAAUAGAUUGCUAUGUAAAUAUGUGCCUCAUUUUAGUUAGCUAAUGUAAUAUAAGAGUUUAUAAUUUAUGUAUUUGUACAAUGACACUGUCAUGUUUACUGUAUGUGUGUUAAUGUUUCCAAUUCUUUUAGUUUCAAAGCCUAUAACUUAUUAAAAUCAAAACUAUACAUAUCACAUUUUCAUAUGGCGCUGUUAUGCUUAGCAAACUCAUAUGCACGCAAUGGUGAAACUAGUUGUAUAUAUUUCAUUAGCCACAACUUCCUAAUCUAAAUAACUGCAAUAUGGUCUAUAUAUUACACCUGCGUUUUUUUUAUAUCUAGAUACAGAGUAUUUGACAAUGAAUAUUUUUAUGUAGCACGAAUAAACAAGCCGAUACAUUGUCAA